GGAGGCAGCAGUCCGAGAGCGGGCGGCGGAAGCUGCGCGAGCCGGUCGCCGGGAUGCCGGCCUGCGGUGUGGGGCUCGGCAGUUCGCGUCGAAGCGUUCUGUGGUCAUGGGCGAGGCGAUGGGGUGCAGGAGCGUUCCGGGGCACGAGGCGUCGGGCGAGGUCCACGGUGCGGGAGAUGCGCGGUGUCCGUGCAGACAGGCAGCGGCCACGGCGGAGGAGACCAGCCGCGGAGUCCGCGGGUGCCAGCAAGGCCCUGGGGACACCUGGGACCGCAGGCUCGCUCGAAGCCGCAAGGGACCCCAGGGCUGUGUGGGUGAACGGGACUGUGGACGAGCCGGCGGUCGUGGGGCCUGCCGGGUCUGCGUGGGUGACUAGAAAUGGGGAGGAGGAGGCAGGCGAGAUGUGGAGUCGUCACUGCUGUGAGAGGAAAGGGCGUCCCAGCCCUCUGGGGCACGAGUGCGUUUUGGAGCUGUGGUUGAAGGUGCAGGGUAUGAGGGUGGCUUCAGGAUAUUGGGAAGGAAGCAGAGUUGAGCUCCAUCCUGUGCCUGAAGGACCAGGGGGAGUAGAAAGGGGAAUCCCUGGCCGUGCAUCUUGGUUAGAGACGAGCCAAGAUGGUGUCACAGGACCCUGGGUGACAGGCCAGGCCAGGGCAGGGUCCGAGACCUCAGGCCUGCCCACAGCUGUGGGCCUUGGGACAGAUUGUGAGCUAGCUUCGGGCCUCCGUGGGCAGGCUCUGGCAGGGCGAGUGUCUUCCCCUGUGGUGGUGCCUGGAGUCUUGGAGGAGGUAGGCUAUGUAGGUGUCCCAGGUCCUCAGGAACCAGGACGGCCUCUGGAGGUCCUUGGGGGUAUGGACUUACCUGAGACUGUGGGUGUACUCAGAGCUGGAGAGAUGGAGAUGGGUUGUGCAGAUACCCCUGGUCUGGAGGACAGGGGCCAGUUGGUUCAGGUUCCUGGGACUGUGACACAGCCGGCAGGCUUUAGAGAUACCCCAAGCUUAUGGGAAAAGGAGCAGCCUGUGGAGGUCCGGGAUGCCUGGGUGGUACCUAGAGCUGUGGAAGAAGAAACAGUGCCUUUGGGUCCCUCGGGCAUGUGGCAGAGAAGACAAGUAGAGGAGGAUAUAGGCUCUGAGAGUAUCCCUGGCCUUUGGGGUACAGGGCAACCUAUAGGGAUGCCUUGUGCCAGGGAGGAGGAAACUAGAUGUAGGUGUGACCCAGGAUUCAGGGAAAGGAUAGAGAGGAGCUUGUGGGUAGAGAGGAGCUCUGAAGGUAACCCAGGGUCAUGGGGCUUUCCACACCCUGCAGCACUCUGUGGUCCUGAGGAGUGGAAAGGAGGUUUACAGAGUGCCCAGAGGCUGUGGGCUCCAGAACACGCUGCGGGAAUACCCGGGACUUCAGGAAGGGAGACAGAUUGUGUGAGUGUCUCAGGACUGAGGGGAACAGGCCAGCUGCCGGAGUUGUCCAGGGCUGUGGUGCUGGGAGACAGGGAGAGAGGAACCAGCUAUGGUGUCCUCCCAGGCCUGCAGGAGAAGCAGCAGGCUCUGGGGGCACCUGUGGCUGAGACAGAGCCAGAGCUGAUUAAGGAGACACACAGUGGAAGUGUCCUGAACCUGUGGGGAAGAAGGCAGAGUGAGAAGCAAGAGGCUCUAGGCCCUGCAACUUUUCAGGUUCCUGGGCUUGUGAAUCAGGAAGCUGUUUUGGGGGCUGCCUCCUGUUUAUGUGGGAGACGGCAGGCUGUGGGUGUAUCUGAGACAUUGGGGAUGCCCAAGGCAGCAGGGGUGCCCAAGGCAGCAGGGGUGCCCAAGCACAGGGGUACCCCAACAGGAGUUCCCAUAGCUUUGAGUGUGCCUGCCAGAGUGCCUGCUGCUGUGUGGGUGCCUAGCCCUGCAUGUCAGGGAAGCCGCUCUGAAGAUGGUAUGAACCCAAGGGGCAGGGCUCCUCCUGUUGAGGUGCCUGUGGCUCCUGAGGAGCUUUGGUCUGUGGGAAAGGUUGCUGAUUGUGGGGCUUUCUCCUGUUCAUUGGGAAGGAGGCAGGCUUUUGGGGUUCCUGUGGCUCCUGAGGAACUUGGCUCUUUGGAAGCAGAGACUGGCUCAGAGGGGUUUUCAGGCUUGUCAGAAAGGAGACUGACUGCAGGAAUACCUGUGGCUGCAGGGCUCUCCCCAGGUGGUGGGGGGCCUGUGGCUCUCAGAGUGCCUAGGCCUGUGCUGGAGGAAACUGGCUCUGAAAGUAUCUCAGGCUUGGGCAUGGAGAGAGGGGCAGAGUGGGGAUCAGCACUUGCCAAGGCUUCCACGAGUAUGGGGAUGCCUGCUUCUGCCAGGAUGUCUGGGUCCACACAGGCGAAGACUGUCUGUGGGAGAGUGUCAGAUUUAUCAAGAAUCAGGCAGACUGCAGGGGCAUCCAUGGCUGUAGGACUUGAGCCUGCAAGGGAGGAAACAUUCUCUGAGGGUGUUCUGGGUCUAUCAGGAGGAAGACAGACUAUUGAGAUGCCUGCGGCUGCUAGAGUUGCUAUGACCCAGGAAGUCUCCACAGCAUCUGGGGUCCCUGGGCUCCUGAUGGUGGGAGGUUGUAGCUCUGAGGAUAGCAUGGGCUUGGGGAGGAGAACCACUGAGGUGCCUACUGUUGCCAGGCUUCCUGGACUUAAUGAGGCAGAGGAAGGCACUGAAGGUACCCCAGGCCUGUGGAGAAGCAGGAGUAAUAGAAUAGUCCCUGGGGCUGUGCGGGGACCUUUGCCUCUGGAGAUGUUUACAGCUGUGGGAGCUCCCAUGGCGGGUCAUGUGCCUGGUGCAUUGUGGGUGACCUCAUCCUCUGGAGAGGAAGAUGAGUGUGCCUUAGGCCUGUCCAUGUCGAGGAGACAGUCCACUGAGGGAGCUGGGACUUCAGGAGGGGAGAGGGGUGGUAGAAGGGCUAUGGGACUGGCAGGGAGGGGCCAAGCUAUGGAGGCAUCUUAUACCUGGGGACAUGGUGGUAGGUUAUGGGGUUCUCCAAGAACUAUGGGGGGAACCUGUGAGAGUACUUCUGGAGUGGCCAGGACUAGAACUGCUGUGUCCCCAGUUUCACAGGUGGAAAUGGGCCCUGGCCAUUUCAGAAAUCACCUGCCACAAAGUGAGAGGAGACAGGGAGGAGGAGGAUCAGGAGUCAAAGUAAGGGGGAAUGAUGUGAGGGAGGACAGAUUGAGAUGGGCACAUCAUUAA